AGAAAGACCGUCAAUCCCAGACAGGCAGAUUACUCUCAAGUUCACCAACGAAUAGAGUCGAAGAAUAGUAGAGGAAGCAACAAUCCGACGUCAAAAGAUACGAAGCAAUACAGAAAAGCCAACAAACGAAGCAAUCGAAACAAGCGAAGCAAACGAAAAUAUCCACUGAAGAGUCAAGGAAUCAUGCCGUCUUCGUGUAAAGAUAUUCGGGCCGCAUUGGCCGAAUGUCUCCAGAACAGCGACUGCAUCCUAGUCGACCGCAACAAGCCAUCGGACUGCCUGCGCCCUCCGCUCGUGGACACGCUGCCGACGCGGUGCCAGCAGUUGAAAAAGGGAUACGGCGACUGCAAGCGCGGCAUGAUCGAUAUGCGCAAGCGGUUUAGAGGAAACAAGCCGGUGGCCGUGAGCACGGAGCUCGAAGCCGGCGCGGACGAGCCGAGUCAUCAGCUGUAUGCGGGCAAGCCGGCGUUUAGCAGUGCAGUGCGACGAACAAGUGGGAAUGACGAGGCGGAGGUGGAGAAGAGUUUAGGGCGAUGAGCCUAGGAGAUGGAGAGGGAGAGGGUGAAGGGGCCAGAGCGCGGGAACUGGGGCAUAAAGGGUAAAAGGCCAAAUGGUGUAAGACAUAGUGGGGGGAAAAGGGAGAUUGUAAUGUUUAUUUUGCAUCGAUGCGCGGGAGUUGGAUUUCUACACGUUUGUGUUUUGAUUUACUAUACAGGGAGCAUUGGAAGAUUCAAGUUCUUUCCUAGGCGUUUACCGG